AUGUCGGAGAAUAAGGUGCAUUUUCGGCAUAUUUUGCUUUAUUACUUCAAGAAAGAACGUGCCGCUCAGAAAUGGUUUGCCAAAUUUCGUUCCGGAGAUACGAGCCUUGAAGAUGGACCCCGCAGCGGUCGGCCCACUGAGGUUGAUUCGAAUGAUAUCAAGGCACUGGUUGAGCAAGACCGGACGUUAAAGGUGCGAGAGAUUGCGGAGACACUUAAGAUAGCACAAGCUGACCGAGGAGAACCUGGCCAACCGCAUAUCCAUCUGCAAUUCACUUCUGAAGCGGCACGAAAGCGACCCGUUUCUCAACGAAUAGUGACUGGCGACGAAAAGUGGAUCACCUACUACAACAUAGUGCGCAAGAGAUCGUGGGGAACCGCUGGCGAGCCGCCGAAUGCCACCCCGAAAGCCGGCCUGCAUCCGAAGAAGAUUUUGCUAUCCAUAUGGUGGGAUCAUCGUGGUUUGCUGUUUUAUGAGCUGCUUCCUCAGGGAAAAACGAUCGAUUCGAAGGUCUACUGCACGCAGAUAACGAAAUUGAAUCAAGCAUUGCGACAGAAACGUCCAGAACUGGUCAAUCGCAAAGGUGUCAUUUCCACCAUGACAACGCCAGACCCCAAACCGCAAUAA